UAAUUGUCGGAUUCUUAAAACAAAAUUUACGAAAGGUUUCCCAGACAGCCAAACAAUCACCUCCCCAUGGCUACGGUAUCUGAACCACCACAAGAUAAACCAAACCCUAAUUCACUACCAGCACUGCCGCCGCCGCCGCUGCUGUCCAGUGAUUUCUCUUCCAAAAGUGAAUCGAAAGCUCUUGAACAAGCCACUUCAUGGAUCGAUUACGCAGCGGAGCAAGCUCUUCUAUACCAGAAGAUCAUCGAACAGAACAUUAACGCCACAAUUGAAGCUUCUAGAUCUCGACUCUCAGAAAUUCGCUCCACUUCCUCUGCUCAUUUUAAUCAAACCAUUGAUUCACUUGAAGAUGUCAAGCACCAAAUUGGUGUUUACGAGGACAUGGUAUUUGGCAAAGUUAAGGAGGGGAUUAACAUUGCAGCUUCGCAUCCAUUGAUCACAGGUGGUGCUGCUGUUGGCUUGGGAUUUCUGGUGCUGAAAAGGCCAAGACGUUUAAUAUAUUACAAGACUUUGCGUCUUUUUAACAGCGAAGAGUCCUUGCUUUCCAAAGCUGAUAUUAGAGUAAAGAAGCUGAGACAGUCAAUUGACCGCCUUAAGGCUGAAAGUGAGAAGUUGGAGCGGAGUGCUUCAGUAGCUGAAGAAGAGCUGAUCCGUGGCAGGACAAAACUCAGACAAGCAGGCAAGCAGAUCCAAAGUGUGAUUCACUCAGCUUACAAGAUCGAAAGACAAGCAGCAGGAUUAAAAGAUGUCCUUGGAGAACUUCCAAGAAGAGAAGCAUCUCGAUUUAGAUCGCAGGUUUCAAAACUUGCUUCUGAGGCUAAGCAAGAACGAAAUGCUUUGGCAGAGGAGGUUUCGAAAAUUAGUAAUCAUGGAAUUGCAGUUUGAGGAUUCUCGUAUCUGUGCUACAUUGUUGCAUCUGAUCGAGUUUACAGGUCACAGUUUCCAUGAUUAACUCAUAAAACAUUUCUGGAGAUUACAUUUUGGCUGGAGGUUCUACCAUUGCAUUCAAAUUUUACUUUUGAGCAUGAUGCGUGCAAAUGUGAUGUUUCCUGGUCAAGGGACAUAUAGAAAUAAGCAAAAGUACAACAUGAAUUUUAGUUUUCCAAUUUUAAGCCCUUGUUUUCAGAAUUUUCUGGUUCAGAAGGUUGAUUUCAAGGCCUCUAGUUUGGCCUAAUCUGUGGAAAAUUUCUAAUGCUAGGAAUUCAGGACGAUUUUUUUUCAUUAAAAAUAAAAAACAAAAAAACAGCAUGAAUCAGAUAAACCGCUUUAUCUUUUAUUGCAUGUUUCUCGUAUACGUUUUAGUUGGUACUUACACCACUGGCUCAUGGUUUUCAAUUUCUCUUUGUAAAUGGUAAAACAGACGGAAAGAUAGUAGCCAUCUGUUGAGAUGAACCAUGUUUUCUUUGAUUGGCACUUUCGAAGUUGGGAUCAAUCAUUACCAUGUUGAAU